CUACACGUAGUGUUUUCUCCCUAUUAUAUGGCAGUCGGAAGUGAAUAAAGCAAAUUUUAAAGGCAUUGUUUUAAUUUAAAUUGAGUUCUCGUUUUUAAAUUAGUUUAAUGAAUACUAUUAUAUAACACUGUGGUUUGUUGGGAAAUAAAGAAAAUGUCCAUCCAUUUGACCAGUUUAGUGAUUUUGGCAGUAAUAGCCACGGAUAUUGUUUUCGGUGCCCCAGUCACUGAUUCCGAUUGCAAUUUGAUAGCGAAAUUCAUAGAUACCAAAUACCCACUGACUAACCCAACAAUUCUGGACGACGGAAGUGUCAAGUACCGCAUAGGUAUCAUCAGCGACUUGGACGGUGAUUCGGUGAGCACAGACGAGGCUUUCACGUGGAUCAGUUAUUUCAAAAAGGGAUACUUGACUUAUAGUCCGGUCACUAAAAACAUCUCCAUUGAAUGGGACAAUUCCACGGAUAAUGGGGUUCAGUUCAAAUCGCACCUGUCGACGAACGGUCGAGGCCUAGAGCUAUCAGAGUUAGCCACCUUUAAUGCGAAUCUAAUAACACUAGACGACAAAACUGGAUUGGUUUAUUUAAUCCACGAUGACGUUUUGAUACCCUGGGUGAUGGUUACUGACGGCGAUGGACGAAAAUCAAAAGGAAUGAAAAACGAAUGGGCCACCGUCAAGAACUCGAAACUGUACGUGGGCUCGCAUGGCAAGGAGCAGGUGUGGUUAAAAAGUCACAGGGUCGAUAUUUCGUCGAUGUGGGUGAAGACCAUCGACAAGUCCGGCAGCGUGCAGCACCUGAACUGGACGGAAAACUUCAUCAAAGUCCGGGCUGCCGUGGGUAUACACUUCCCGGGGUACAUGACUCACGAGGCGGUCGAGUGGAGUGACUUGCGUCAGCGAUGGUUCUUUUUGCCGAGAAAAGCUUCGGUUGAAUCUUACGAUACGGUGACGGACGAACGGAAGGCCACUAACUUACUGUUAUCCGCCUCACCGGAUUUUGAUGACAUUAAGGUCGUACGGAUUGGCGAAAUAGUACCUAACCAUGGUUACGCUAGUUUUAAAUUUAUUCCUGGAACUAAUGAUACAAUGAUUGUUGCAAUCAGCACUCAAGAAGAAGGCAAAGUCACAGCCACGUUUAUAACGGCGUUCACCGUCGACGGAGAGAUCAUUUUCCCGGAAACCAAAGUUUCGGAUCUUAAGUAUGAAGGAUUCGAAUUUAUAUAAACUUUUUAUUAUUUAUUCAUUGUUUUUAAUAAAUCAAAUACAAUUUGUGAAUUAUAAUAAUAUACAGUUUGUACGAAUAUACAACGUAUAAUAUCGCAUGAUAUAACAUUAUAA